AUGGCCACCACCCAUAUCAUCAUCGUUGCCAUCCUUGCACUCUCCAUUUCAGUUUCUGCUAAGGAAUUCAUUGUCGGGGAUGAUGCGGGCUGGGACGUAGGCCCUGAUUACCAAGACUGGGCCGAGGGAAAGGAAUUUGUGGUCGGAGACACACUAGUGUUCAAAUAUCCUGUGGGAGAUCACAAUGUCUUCAAAGUGAAUGGAACUGCAUUCAAAGCGUGCAUGAAGCCACCUCCCAGUGAGGCUCUGACGACCGGAAAUGAUGUGAUCACCCUAGCCACGCCGGGGAAGAAAUGGUACAUUUGUGGCGUUGGCAUGCAUUGUGCGUAUGGUGAACAGAAGCUAGCCAUUACUGUGCAACCGAAUAAUUUAGCUCCCGCGCCAUCUUUUACUUUCCCAAUUGGUGUUUCUGCUAAGGAAUUCAUUGUUGGGGAUGAUGCCGGCUGGGACGUAGGCCCUGAUUACCAAGACUGGGCCGAGGGAAAGGAAUUUGUGGUCGGAGACACACUAGUGUUCAAAUAUCCUGUGGGAGAUCACAAUGUCUUCAAAGUGAAUGGAACUGCAUUCAAAGCGUGCAUGAAGCCACCUCCCAGUGAGGCUCUGACGACCGGAAAUGAUGUGAUCACCCUAGCCACACCCGGGAAGAAAUGGUACAUUUGUGGCGUUGGCAUGCAUUGUGCGUAUGGUGAACAGAAGCUAGCCAUUACUGUGCAACCGAAUAAUUUAGCUCCCGCGCCAUCUUUUACUUUCCCAAUUGGUGGUGCAAUUUCGUCUCCAUCUCCAAUGCCAGCCCCAAUGCCAGCCGUAUGGUACCCUGCACGAAAAAUAGCUGCAAUUAAAAACUAA